GAAAUAUUGGAAUAGGUUAAGAAACUUAGUUCCUAUUGUUCCUAAACAUCAAAUUGCGUUUAUUUUAUAUUGUAGAAAAAUAAGAAAUUAGUGCUUAAAUCACAAUGAAAAAAGAAGUUACAGAAGUACAAGAGAUUUUCUUAAAAAUUUUGAGAGAAGAGGAAGAUGUGUCCGCUGGGGUGGCUGCAAUCAGAACCCUGCUGACCGUUAUAAAAACAUAUAAAGUGGCAACAGUGCGCGAGCUGGAUCUGAAUCUGCAGCUGGCUGUGGACGCCAUGCGCCACUGCGACCAGCCCGUCACCGCCAUCUCCUCCGGCUGUGAGCUCUUCAUGCGUUUCAUCACUUUUGCCAAACUUGACAUGGAGUCAUUUGACAAGUGCCAGGAAAUCAUGCUGGAGCGAGGCAACGUGUUCCUGCAGACGCUGCUGGAGGCGCGCGGCAAGGUCGCCGCGCAGGCGCUGCCUUUCAUCAGUGAUGGCUGUAAAAUAUUGACACAUUCGAGAUCACGAGUGGUACUACAAGCCAUGCUGGAGGCUGCUCAAGCCAACAAGAGGUUUCAAGUUUACGUCACCAUGUCUGGCCCAGAGAAUAGCGGGGCUCUGAUGCACAAGCAGCUGACGGCGGCCGGCGUGGACUCGACGCUGAUCCUCGACGCGGCCGUGGGCUACAUCCUGGAGCAGGUGGACAUCGUGAUGCUGGGCGCCGAGGGCGUCACCGAGAGCGGCGGCAUCAUCAACAAGAUUGGCACAUAUGGCCUGGCAAUGGCAGCACUCGAGCUCAAGAAACCCGUAUACGUACUGACAGAAAGCUUUAAAUUCUCAAGGAUAUACCCCCUCAACCAACAAGAUCUGCCCAAGGAGUUCAAAUAUCUAUCUAGUGUGCUAAAGAACGGCGCGGAGCUGCGCGCGCAGCACCCGCUGGUGGACUACACGCCGCCCGCAUACAUCACGCUGCUCUUCACCGACCUCGGCAUCCUCACGCCCUCCGCCGUCAGCGACGAGCUCAUCAAACUAUACUUGUAAUAUAUUUAUUUUAUA